CAUGCAGCACAUCAGAACACAACCCCAUAAAACAUUCCAAAUUCCAUGUCUCACUAGGAUUCUUUCUUCCUCUUGGCUUAUAUUAGGGGUGGGGCAUGUGGUUCAUUGCAAAGAAUGAGUAUUUUGAUAGCUUCUCAUUCUUGGAACUAUUCUGCAGGUUUAUAACAAAGCUCAGAAAAUGCUAAAGCUUAAAGGAGAAAUGAGAGGUGCCAAGGAAAUGAAAGAUGAAGCGGGGGAGAGAGACAGAGAAGUGAGCAACCUGAACAGCAAGCUCUUGAGCCUGCAAGUUGACAUCAAAAAUCUGCAUGAUGUCUGCAAGAGACAGGGGAAGACCUUGCAGGAGAAUCAGCUCUGUGUGGAGGAGACGAUGAUGAACAGCAGCCACAAUAAGAAACAAACAUUAGCAUUUGAGAAGUCGCAGAUGGAGUUUGAGCCCAGUAAACAGUGCCAUCUGAGACAACUCCAACAACUCAAGAAAAAAUUGCUAGCCCUUCAGCAAGAACUAGAGUUUCGCACAGAGGAGUUACAGACUUCUUACUGUUCCCUCCUGCAGUAUCAGUCCCUCCUAGAGAAGCAGACUUCUGACCUGGUUCUUCUCCACCAUCACUGCAAACUGAAAGAAGAUGAGGUGAUUCUCUAUGAGGAGGAAAUGGGAAAUCAUAAUGAGAACACAGGGGAGAAGCUCCAUUUGGCACAAGAGCAACUUGCUUUGGCUGGGGACAAGAUCGUCUCCCUGGAAAGGAGCUUAAGCCUCUACCGGGAUAAAUACCAGACUUCCCUAAGCAACAUUGAGUUACUGGAGUGCCAAGUGAAGAUGUUGGAGGGGGAGCUCAGCGGGAUCGUCAGUCAGGAUCCUGAGAACAAGGGUGAUCAUUCAAAGGUGCGUAUAUACACUUCUUCCUGCAUGAUUCAAGAGCAUCAGGAGACCCUGAAACGACUGUCUGAAGUCUGGCAAAAGGUCUCUGAACAGGAUGAUCUAAUCCAGGAACUUCGAAAUAAACUAGCCUGCAGUAACGCUUUGGUUCUGGAGCGUGAAGAGGCUUUGAUAAAAUUACAAGCGGACUUUGCUUCCUAUACAGCCACCCACAGACAUCCUCCUAGCUCCUCAGAAGAUUGUGAAGAUAUUAAAAAGAUAUUGAAGCACUUGCAGGAACAGAAAGACAGCCAGUGCCUACAUGUGGAGGAAUAUCAGAACCUGGUGAAGGACCUGCGCAUGGAGCUAGAGGCUGUGUCUGAGCAGAAGAAAAACAUCAUGAAGGACAUGAUGAAGCUGGAGCUGGACCUGCACGGGCUGAGGGAGGAGACAUCGGCCCAUAUGGAAAGGAAGGAUAAGGAGGUUGUCAUCCUGCAACGGCGGCUGCAAGAGCUACAGAUUCAGUUCACUGAGACCCAGAAGCUGGGUUUGAAGAAAGACAAGCUCCUCCAAGAGAAAGAUGAGAUGCUGCAUGAGCUCGAGAAGGAAUUGGCACAGGUUCAGAAUAGUCUCAUGAAAAAGGAGAUGGAGUUGGAGAAGCAGCAACGGAUGACGACAGAACUUGAAAUCACCAUCCAGGAGUUGAAGCAGGAUAAGUCCAGGGCAGAGUGUGGGACCCUGCGAGCUGAGAUCCAGAAGCUGAAGGACUCUCUCGAAGAAACCCAACAGCAACAGAAGCUGGCUGCUCAGCAAGCAGCCCAGUAUAAGGAAGAGAUCCUUCUGGCAAAGAAUAACCUGGAGGAUGCCCAGAGGAAACUGCAAAGCUACACUUUCCUGGAGAAGCAGAAGACAGAGACCAUCCAGGAACUGCAGAGAGAACUUCAGAAGUUGCAGAAAGAUUCCUUGAUAGCGGGAGAGGAACUCGCACCCAACAGGAAACGGAUAGAGGAGCUGACAUCAGAACUCUCUGAGGCCCGGAGGAAGCUUGAAAUUUCAGAAAAGGAAAAGAGGCAGUUUCAGAAGACAACAGCUGAGCAGGAUAUGAAGCUGAAUGAGCUGCUAGAGCAUCUAAAAAUCCUUCAACACCAGCACAGGGAGCAAGCCUCUGCCAAAACCAGUCUAACAGAAGAGCUUCAGGAGGUGACAAGAUUACUGGAGGAAAAACGGGAACAGUUGAAAAAGAGCAAAGAACAGGAGAAGUUGCUGGAGCUAGAGCUCGAGACAUUCCAACAGGAGGAAAAAAAGAAAGAAAAAAUGACAAAAGAAAGUUUGAGGAUGUUGGAGGAGGAAAAUGAGAAUGUCAAAGCACAGUUAAUGCAAUGUUCCACCCAACUGGAUUCCUCUCUCAGCAAACAAAACGCCUCCCAGCAAGUCAUCCAAGAGCUAAACAAUGAGCUAGUCCUUCAGAAGGAAGCCUUAGAGAGUCUACAGAUCCAGCUGGACAAGGCUGUGCAGAAGGAGAAGCAAUAUAUCCAGACCAUGGUCAGUAAAGAAGCCUAUGAGGAGUUGUCCCGGAAGUCAGCCGCCUGCCAAGAUGACCUGACACAAACUCUUGAGAAGCUCAAUCAUACGACCUCAGAGACCAAGAGUCUGCACCGAAGCUUGGCACAGGCUCAAGAGAGGAAAGUUCAGCUGGAAGAUGAAAUCAUUGCUUACGAGGAGAGGAUGAAAAAGCUCAACAUGGAAUUAAAAAAACUGCAGGGCUUCCAACAGCAGAGCGAGCUAGAGGUGCACGCCUUCGACAAGAAGCUGGAGGAGAUGAGCAACCAAGUGCUGCAGUGGCAGAAGCAGCACCAGAGCGACCUCAAGAUGCUGGCAGCUAAAGAGGAGCAGCUCCGGGCCUUCCAGGAGGAAAUGACCGCCCUGAAAGACAACCUCCUGGCAGAUGAGAAGGAGCCUUGUUGCCUGCCCCAGCGGUCUGCGCCUAAAGAGAGCUGUAGGAUACGCCGAGAGAAUGAUCAGAUUAUGUCCAACAUGGAGCAAUGGGCAAAAGAGCAAAAGAUCGCCAAUGAGAAACUAGGAAACAAGCUCCGUGAGCAGGUCAAAUAUAUUGCCAAGCUGACUGGUGAAAAGGACCACCUGCACAAUGUAAUGGUCCAUCUGCAGCAGGAAAACAAGAAACUAAAGACUGAGAUAGAGGAGAAGAAGCUGAAAACUGGGCACCCAAGGCUGUACACCAAAGCCCUAGGCCCCAGCAAGACAGAGCCCAUACAGAAGGGGAAAGUGUGUGCCACCUUGGGCUGGAGGGGGACAGCUCAGGACAUGAGCCAAAGAAUGGACAUCACCAAGUUUGUCGGGAUACCCCACUGCUCAGAUUCCAUGUUACCCCAGAAGGAAGAAGCCACCCCACAACUGAGCUGCCCGGCCAUGAGGCCAGUCCUUGAGGAAUCAUCUCAAUUUCUCCUCAAAUCAAGACUAUCAUUUCCUCAUUGUUCUCUCAGGUUCCUCAUAUUGCUAGAAAUCAGCACCCUGCCUUAAGCAUCAUUUCCACGCACAUUUUUCAGAGGACAGUGAUUUUCUGCCCCUCUCUCUUGACCUGGAUCAGCUCUUACAUGAACACAUCAAGGUCCCAGCCUAUUUUGCAAGAUGCUAACAUUUUAUUGAGUUUUGUCCACUUUUUGCAGUGGAGUGAGCAUUGGAACCAUACUAUUUCUGGGCCCAAACUCCAAAAUAAAGACAUGAGCAUAGCAAUCUCAGU